UCUGAUUGUAGCUAGACAUAUGCCUUAUCAGUAUAUCUCUGCCAAUGAGGUAGAUUAGCAUCCUCCAGGGUUACCGGUGCCUGUCAAUGGUCAGGGUCAUUACUGCCUCAGUCGGCUAGCAGUCCCAGGAAGUGACUGGACCUCCUGGCAAAGGUGCAACAACAGACAUACCAUCAAGAUGAAUGAGCAGAUACUUGAGUUGGUGGCCAUCUUCAGCACCACGACCCUCAUUGGCUUGGGUGUGGCUGCCGUGCUCAAAAUGUUUAACCUUCCCUUCAUAUGGAUGCACCAGGUAAACAAAGAGAGCAAGCGCCAUGGUGGGGAGCUGGUGGCUGAGGUGCUCAAGUCUCAUGGUGUGCGACACAUCUUCACGCUGCCAGGUGGACACAUCUCACCCAUUUCAGUGGCAGCUGAGAAGCUGGGGAUACAGAUUGUCGACACCCGGCAUGAGGCAGCAGCUGCUUUUGCAGCGGACGCUGUGGCACGCAUGUCAGGAAUGGUGGGGGUGGUGGCAGUGACGGCUGGGCCUGGGCUCACCAAUGCUGUCACUGCCAUCAAAAAUGCUCAGAUGGCACAGAGCCCAGUGCUUCUCCUAGGGGGUGCUGCUGCAUCCAUACUGAAGGGGCGAGGGGCACUGCAGGACAUAGACCAGAUGUCACUCUUUAAGCCACUGUGCAAAUUCUGUGCCACAGUGACUUGUGUACGGAACAUUGUGCCCACCCUCCAGAAGGCACUGCAGGAGGCACAGUCUGGCACCCCUGGACCUGUAUUUGUUGAGUUCCCCAUUGAUGUGCUGUACCCUUACCACAUGGUUGCCAAGGAGGUGGGAGUGAAGGGAGAGGGCAAGUCCUUCAUGCAGAAAAUUGUGAACUGGUACCUUGGCAACUACUUGGAUAACCUGUUUGCCGGAGCUUGGGAGCCACAGGACACAAAGCCACUCAAGGUCAACAUUCCCUUUGCCUCUUCUGACACAGUAAGCCGGUGUGUUGAGAUUGUGUCUCGAAGCAAAAAGCCUGUCAUCGUCCUGGGAAGCCAAGCCACGCUCCCACCCACCCCUGUUGAGGACCUUCGACGGUCACUGGAAAACCUUGGGAUCCCCUGUUACCUUGGGGGAAUGUCACGGGGCCUACUGGGAAGGAAAAGCCCCUUACAGAUGAGGCAGAAGAGGAGAGAUGCACUAAAGGAGGCUGACUGCAUCAUCCUGGCUGGUGCUGUGUGUGACUUCAGGCUUUCCUACGGCAGGGUGUUGGGGCGCAAAGCCAAGAUCAUCGCCAUCAACAGGAACAAGACUGAAUUGUACAAGAAUUCAGACAUGUUUUGGAAGCCCACUGAGGCUGUUGUGGGAGAUGUGGCCACUUUCCUGAGGGACCUGUCAGCGGGUCUUGCCGGCUACCAGUGUGAUUCAGAGUGGCUCUCAACACUACGCGAGAGAGAUGAGGCCAAAGAACAGGACAACAUGAAGAUGGCAGAGGAGGUGACAGAGAAGCACCUGAACCCCAUGAAGGUUUUCACGGAACUUGAGGAACUGUUGCCAUCCAGCGCUGUGUUGGUGGCUGAUGGAGGAGACUUUGUGGCCACUGCCGCCUACAUUCUCAGGCCACGAGGUCCACUGACUUGGCUUGACCCUGGAGCAUUUGGCACUCUGGGUGUGGGUGGAGGGUUUGCUCUGGGUGCUAAGCUGUGCCGGCCAGACUCUGAGAUUUGGAUCAUAUACGGCGACGGGUCCUUCGGGUACUCCCUCGCAGAGAUUGACACGUACACCCGCCACAAGACGCCGGUCAUUGCUCUGGUGGGCAACGAUGCUGGAUGGACACAAAUCACCCGGGAGCAAGUCACAACCUUUGGCUCCAGCGUUGGCUGUGACCUGGUGCACUGUGACUACCACACAGCAGCAGAGGGACUGGGGGCUAAAGGCAUACUGCUUGGCCGCAAUGACAGCAUAUCAGACAAACUUAAGGAGGCCCAGGAGCUGCAUGCUGAAGGCCACUCGGUGGUGGUUAAUUGCCUGAUUGGCAGCACAAAGUUUAGGGAAGGCAGCAUAUCGGUGUAGCACAGAGGGCAUGGAUUAUUGUCUAAUGCACAGCACCCAUUGUGUUGACUAGCCACCAUUUUGUUAACAAGAAUGGUCAGUUAUAAUUUACAAACAGUCACUCAUAUAUUUGUUCAUCAUGCAAGUUGUCAAGAAUCAUUCAUGAAGUGCUCCGGCACUGCUCUGGUCUGUCUAAUUUACUCAUAGAGCCACUUGUGUAUUUACAUGUCAAGUAAGUUGUACAAGAAGCAUCCCUGAGGUGCUCAGGCAAUACUCAUUACUUGCUAAACUGUAUAAAGCUGUACAGAGGAAUUAGGAUAUAGCUGCAAAUUUCAGCUUGUAUAAAUUAAGCCAAUUUUUUAUAUAUAUAUAUAUAUAUAUAUAUAUAUAUAGAUAUAUAUAUAUAUAUCUAUAUCUAUAUAUAUAUAUAUAUAUAUAUAUAUAUAUAUAUAUAUAUAUAUAUAUAUAUAUAUAUAUAUAUAUAUAUAUAUAUAUAUAUAUAUAUAUAUAUAUAUAUAUAUAUAUAUAUAUAUAUAUAUAUAUAUAUGAAAAAGGCCAUGCCUGUUACUUCUAGGGACACAACAGAUACCUGCUAUUGCAUAUUUUCUACCUAUUCACACUAUGAUCCAAAGCUGUUAGAUGCAUACAGUAUUACCAAGCAGCUGGAAAAGUUCUUCAUAUAACACUGAGGUAAUAAAUAUUUAACUUUGGUGGUGACAUUUUAACAACCAGUGAGAAGCUUCUGUUACUUUUUCAAAGAAACAAGUCAGCCAUGCCUUUGAGAGGUGCCAUGACAACACUGGGCAAAUAUGGACCAAAAAUUUGAGUACAGGUCUCCCCUUGAUCUUCUGACGCAUCACGGCAGCACGUACCGGAGCUGGGACACAGUGGCCAGCAACAUCAAUGCAAAUCUGAAUCACAAGAUCAUUGUCGGUCAGCAUAUAUGUAUGUAUGUAUGUAUUCUGUAUCUAUGUAUUAUUACUACACUCAGGUCUAGGAAAAUGUGGCUGGGCUAAUGUUUGGUAAACUUACCUUCUGAUAUCUCCUAAACUAAGCAAUCUACUUUCUGUAUGCUUCAGAAUUGAACUUGGUUGGUUUUCAAUUCUUCUGCAAACUUGGAACAAGUAAAAUUUCUCUUGAUCUUCCAAAACAAAAGCCAGCAGUUUCUUUACUUUUUGACUGUAUUAAUGCGUUGUAUGAUUGCAGGUUUGUGGUGGUGGCGAAGGGCCAGUCACAUGGCCACAUCCCCUCCACUCUUUCUUAUAGCCCCACAACCUCAGGGGAAGAGAGCUUGGAGUUGUUUGUGUAGUCGUCCACCAAGCCACCAUCUAGCGUGAGGUAUUUGUUGUGUGGUGUAGUUGCUUUUUCACUGACCAAGGUUGGUUCAUUUUAUCCUUGCAUGGAUCAGGCCAUCAUAGUUAUGAGGUACAUACUGCCGUUAAAGAUUUAGGUAUAUUUCAUCUAAAUUUAGUUGGAAUGAUUUGUUUGCCUGUGCAUAAACUCACACUUCUUUUCUUUGCCCACUUUGGCAGUUGGAAAACAAGGACCUAUUGAGAUGGUGAUAGCUGCUUGAGGCAUCUCCUUAGGGAGUCACAAUAGCAGCAGAGGUGAUUCGGGGCUCUGCUGAGGCUGUCAUCAGGGUAUGAUAGACAUUAUCUGAAGGGAGAGUGAGCGAGAAGUUCAGAGUAGGGCAACCUUCCUGACCGAUGCAUCCCGCAGGACUUUGACCACAGAGUCAGUCCUGUGUGAGAUGUAUUAGUGUCAGGGAGGAACACAGACCCCUGAUACUUGCUUUGCUCUCAGAGAUGCACUUGCUCAUUCUCCUUUCAAACAACGUCCCUCUAUCCAGUCUGUACGCCUGAGCAGAGCCCCAUUUUGACUUGGCGCUGAUGUUGUGGACCCCAGUUGGCAGGCCACAGAGAGUAGUGUAACAUUUAUUAGUUAUAAUGAUUGAAGGAAUGGUAUAUAUUGUUAAUACAGUAAAAAGGAAUUGCAUUUGGAAAGGUUAAAGGUAUAAAGACAAGUAAAUUGGUUUAGUUUAUAUUUAUUUAUAGGUGAAACUUACAAAUCAACACCAUAAAAAUGCAUAAUCAUAGUGAGGAGAGUCACUGCUCUGAAGAUACCUGUCCUAUCAAGAUAAUAAAUCACAUUGUUAUAGUCCAUUCACUUUAGCUGGAUAUUCCCCAACAGCAGCUUGACUUCUUAGUGGAGAAAGUAAGGACACUGCUGAUAGGCUGUGGUGGGCAGGGCGUCUGAUGUCUGUCACCCAACACACUGGUUCAGAAAACAUUAAUAUUUCUUUACUUAGGUCAUUUGUUAAACAAGACCGGCAAAUUUUGUUGACAUAGAUUAAGCCGUGAUUGUAAAACUAUAAAUUUUCAAAACUUGAUAGUGUUAAAAAUGGAUAAUUACAGUGAGGACAAGUCAGAGAAUAAUAUUUAAUGUGUAUAUCACUUUUUACAAAACCUUCCUUGUCUCCUCUUAUAUUGCACUCUAUCUAAAAUCUGAAAGUACGAUCACAUUCAAGAGGAAUUUUUAAUGAGAAACUUUUUAUUCAAAAAUUAAUUUCAGGAUUGCUGAAAAUAUUGAUAAGGAAAAAGUGGUAUAUACAAAAUUUAUUCAUAUUUAUAGUCACCAUAGUUACUUUUAUUUACUCUAUCAAGUUUUGAAAAUAGUAUGACAGUUGUACUAUUUUUGCGUAAUAUCAUCUUGUCUACAAAUUUGCUUAUCUUGUAUAAUAGUUGAGCUAAGUGAAAAAAAAAAAAAUUAAA